AUGUGUGGACAAACUGGAAAGAAACUGAUCGGUCGACUUCAUCUCUGUACCGUGAAAGGCCUGCUGGCUCAGAUGCAACUUUACGGAAACUGCCGAAUGUUGUCGAGUGAAUUCGUCGUUCCUGAUUUUGUGUCAACAGAAUUGGGUGGAACUAUACGACUGGAAUGUAAACUGGUUGGACAAUAUCGAUGGUAUGCCAUCGCUUGGAAAAAAACAUCCGAGGAUGGAACCGUGAAACAAUUAGUGAAUUUACCUAUUGAUACCCGACAGCCGGAAUGGAACAAAGAAGCGUCUAAUAUUUAUGGAUUCCGCUAUUCCCCUAUCAUUAACAUGGACGGUGAGAUCACUGAGUUCAGUCUAAAAAUCAAAAAUGUGGAUUGUUCGGAUAGAGGAAAGUAUUCGUGUAUAGUGACUGGAAAUUUCCCUGAGAAGACCAAAGAUGUAACAGUUGAAGCUAUAUCCUUGCCAACUUCACCGACAAUAGAAUAUGAUAAACUAGUAAUAGAAAGAAACUCUACGUUCGAAUUAACCUGCGAGGCGGAGAUCGGGUUACCCUCUUCUAAUAUAGUCUGGUUACGCAAGACUAAAGAUUCCAAUGUGUUCGAGAGACUGGAUGAUCAAGGCAGGAGUGCCGUUACUGAUAUCACAGCUUGUGAGAAACGAGAAAGUUCGUCAAUUGAUAUUUUUGUGUCCGAUGAAUCCGAUGGUUCUAUAUACAGAUGUGCCUUACAUGGGCGCCAUAAUGAGGCCAAGUUCUAUGAUGAAGUCAAGGUCGAACUAGCAGAAAUUCCAACCACGGCAGAUCCCGGGAACGAUUCGGACUGUGAUGGAACUGUUUGUAUUUCCGAAAAUAAAGACCCUACAACCAAUGAUUCUGGAAACAGUUCGACAGUGAGGGUUUAUAGUUUUAUUUUAUUAUCAUUAUCAUUAUUGUAUCAAAGUCUGUAGUCAUCUGCCAUCUUCGUUAGAAAUAAAACAGUUUCUUUCCAACCGCUCAACUGAAAUACCUGAGUAGGCUACAAAAUUUCACGGACUUCACAAUAUUGCUAAUAUUAUAGUUAAGAUUUCUAUGUAUUCUACAACGUACCGAAAAUAUCUUAGGCCUACUGGAGGUACAAUCGCGAUCAUUCGGCAAUCCUCGUCAGUUUCCGUAAAACUGAAUAGGUUGCAGAGCGCUAGCGUAUGUUUCACGGUAGGCCGUUUGAGUCGCGAUUUACGUUACAAGAAAAUGUAAAAUUGAUGAAAUAUUGGAAUUUUGUCUGCGAUUUAAUUUGACGAAAACACAGGAAAAAGAUAGCAAAAUCUUGGUUAAUGCCAUGGUGUGAUUCGGAAGGGGAGCAUGUGAUUGUGAGCGCCAUCUGCAUCCAACAAACUUAACACCCCGCUUCAGGCUGUAAGAGUUGAUGGUAAUAAUACCAACCAAAACGUCUAUAUUUUUAAUAAAAAUCGAUAAUCUCUGAUAUUAGCAAUACUGUUUUUCGGUCAAGUGGUUGACGUAUACUAUACCAGCCUAGCUCUUCAUAUUUCGUCGUGUUCACUCAUUGUAAAUCUAAAUAACUUGCUCUUUCAAUCGUGUUCAGAUGGAUUACGUUUUAUUCACAGGAAGUAUAGGCAAUGCUUAUUAGGAACAAAGCAAAUAAUUGGUUGAAUUGUAUAUGAGAAGCUGAACUUAUCGUUAUUAUGAAUGUCUUCAGAUUCACGUCAUAAGCUACAUGU